AUGAGCGUCUCCAAGAAGGUCUUUACUACUGCCGUCCGUGGAAAGUGAGUGAACUUGAAACAUUUCCAAAACAAAAUAAAAUGCCAAUUAAUUUCAGAUCAUGGUGGACUCACGUCGAAAUGGGACCACCUGAUGCAAUUCUCGGAGUCACUGAGGCAUUCAAGGCUGAUAAGAACCCAAAGAAAAUCAAUCUUGGAGUCGGAGCUUAUCGUGAUGAUCAAGGAAAACCAUUUGUUCUUCCAUCUGUCAAAGAAGCUGAAAGACAAGUCAUUGCUGCUAAUCUCGAUAAAGAAUACGCAGGAAUUGUUGGACUCCCAGAAUUCACCAAAUUGUCUGCCAAACUUGCUCUUGGAGAAAACAGCGAGGUUAUCAAGAACAACCGAAUUUUCACAACUCAAUCUAUCUCCGGAACUGGAGCUUUGAGAAUUGGAGCCGAAUUCUUGGCCAAAUAUGCCAAGACUAAGGUUAUCUAUCAACCAACUCCAACUUGGGGAAAUCACGUUCCAAUCUUCAAGUAAGUUUGGAGAAAAACUGCUUUUGAGAAUCUUAUUGAAAAAUAUUUUUUUUAGAUUCACCGGAGUUGAUGUGAAGAACUACCGUUACUACGACAAAUCCACAUGUGGAUUCGACGAGGCUGGAGCUCUUCAAGAUAUCGCUGCUAUCCCAGAAGGAUCAAUCAUCCUUCUCCAUGCUUGCGCUCACAAUCCAACUGGAGUCGACCCAUCGGUAAAUUUUCUUAUAAUUCCUGUUUAAACAACCAAAAAUAUUUUUUUUUAGAAAGACCAAUGGAAAAAGAUCUCCGAAAUUGUCAAGAAGCGCAAUCUUUUCGUUUUCUUCGAUAUGGCUUAUCAAGGAUUCGCUUCUGGAAACGUUGACAACGAUGCUUUCGCUGUCAGAUAUUUCCUCGAACAAGGACACAAUAUUGUUUUGGCUCAAUCAUUCGCCAAAAACAUGGGACUUUAUGGAGAACGUGUUGGAGCAUUCUCAGUUGUUACAUCUGAUGCUGAUGAAGCUGCUAGAGUUGCCUCUCAAGUCAAGAUUCUUAUCCGUCCACUUUAUUCCAACCCACCAGUUCAUGGAGCCAGAAUUGCUUCAAGAAUCUUGGCUGAUCCAGCACUCAACCAACAAUGGUUAGUUUUUAUAAUCAAAUAUUUUGAAUUAAAUACUCAUAAUACAAUUAUUUCAGGCUCGGAGAUGUUAAAUUGAUGGCCGACCGUAUUAUCAGCAUGCGUACUCAACUCAAGAGUUUGCUCGCCAAGGAAGGAUCAACCCGCAACUGGGAACACAUCACCAACCAAAUUGGAAUGUUCUGCUUUACUGGAAUCAACCCACAACAAGUUGAGAAGCUCAUCAAGGAACAUUCGAUUUAUUUGACAAAGGAUGGACGUAUUUCAGUUGCCGGAAUUUCAUCGAAUAAUGUUGGUUAUCUUGCCCACGCUCUUCAUCAAGUCACCAAGUGA